AUGGAGCGGCCACAUGUUGCCGCCGCGGCAUGCGCGCUGUGCCCUGGCGGCGGUGGCACGAGCGUGCGCGAGGCGCUGGCACACAAGGUCAGCCGGGAGCGCAUCGGCGCGGAGCUGGAGGGCAUGAUCCACGGCCCCGACCCCGUGAUGGCGCUGCGCCUGCUGCACCGCCUCCGCAUCUUUGCCGCCGUCUUUGCCCUGCCGCCGGCCGCGGUGGGCGGGCUGGGCGAGGCCGCCUUUGGCGCCGCCGCCACCGCGCUGGCGGCGGCGGCGUACGACGAGAUGGCGGCCUGGGGCCACCCGGAGGCGGCCUUUGAUCGGGACGCGCGACGCCGCUGCCUGCUGGCCGCCGUGCUGCUGCCCGUCGCCGACCUGCAAGUUCCUGCGGCCAAGGGCAAGGCCACGAGCGCCGCGGCCCACGUGGUGCGGGAGGCCCUCAAGUGGAAGGCCAAAGACGCAGAGGCGGUGGACGCGCUGCACGCGGCGGCGCCGCAGCUGGCGGCGAUCUACCGGCAGCUGCAGGGCCAGCCCGACGGCGUGCCAGCGCCCGAGGAGCUGCGGAUGCGGCUGGGCCGGGUCAUCCGCUCCCUCAAGCAGCUCUGGCCCGCGGGCUGCGUGACGGCGGCCCUCCUGCACAGCAGCCGCGGCAUGGGCCUGGACGGAGAGGCGGCGCCGCUGUCGCCGGGCGAGGCGGCGGCGGCGGCGGCGGAGCCGUCGGACGGAGAGCCGGAUGCGGCGGGCACGCAGCGCAGGCUGGACUUCUGCGAGGUGCUGCUGGAUGCCGCCACGGCCUACGGCGUGGCCGGCUGCUGGCAGUGGAAGCCGCUGCUGGACGGAAAGCAGGUGAUGGCGGCGAUGGGCAUGACAGCCGGCGGCCCGCAGCUGGGCAGGCUGCUGGCGGCAGCGGUGGACUGGCAGCUGGCGCACCCCGCCGGCACGGCCGACGAGUGCCGGGAGUGGCUGCGGCGGGAGCACGGUGGCGGCGUGGGCGGGCUGGGGUAG